CACUGUUGGGCGAUGGGGUUCUGGUUUUAUGAACUUUUCAUUGAUUUUUGGUGUAGUACAGUCGCUGAGCGAAAGUUGUGUUUUAUUACGUGUGUGUGAUUCUAUAUGUAACCAUAAUGUGGCGGAUGAAUGAAAUCCUGUGUGAUUUGUUGAACAACGCAACUACAAUGUAAGGAUGCAGUGCAAGUGAAAGUGGUAUUCUCCCAGACAUUAUUACAAGAUGUAUCAUCACAGUAUUCUGCUUCACUGCUCUUUAUUUAUUUUCAAGUAACAUUUCAGAAGUACUUAAGGAAGAAGAAAGUACAGAAGUAUUUUGAGUCUGCCAAAAUAUUUGAAGCUAUAUAAUGUUUGAAAUUUUGUUUUCUUUUUAUAUAUGAUUUGAAUAUACGUACAGAAUAUGAUUACAUCACAAAUUUGGUGCUGAUUGCAACAUGCUAUUACUUUCAGUCUAAAGGAGUAGCUUAAUUAUAAAGACAUCGAGCAACGAAUACAUUGUGGAAGUGAAAAUUUACAGGACACUUAGGGAACAGUUUGUGGAUUUCUGUUCAGAUACUUAAUUUAAUUUUUGAUCUCUAGCAAGCUCUCUUCCGUACACAUCCAGAAGUCCAUUCCACUGCAAGCACAUACUUAAUUCUUCACAACAAUGACUACUCUGCUGGGAUCAAGUGACUAUGUGUCUGUGGGGCAGUUUUUCCAUGAUCGAUCUGUCUUUGUGACUGGCGGGACAGGAUUCAUGGGUAAAGUCCUGGUUGAGAAAUUGCUGCGGUCAUGUCCAGGGAUAAAGAAUAUCUAUCUUCUGAUGAGACCGAAACGAGGUCACGAUCUUACUGCCAGACUCAGCGAGUUGUUGAAUGCACCUCUGUUUGAUCGGUUACGGAAAGAACGACCACUAGAAUUGAACAAGAUUGUUCCAAUCCAAGGGGAUGUCACAGAACCAGAGCUCGGCAUCAGUCAGACGGAUCAGAACCUGCUUAUUCGAACUGUGUCUGUUGUGUUCCAUGCUGCUGCUACUGUGAAGUUCGAUGAAGCCUUAAAACUGUCUGUCACCAUUAAUAUGCUUGGUACAAAGCAGUUGGUGGAGUUAUGUCAUCGCAUGCUGGGGCUUGAGGCUCUGAUACAUGUUUCCACUGCAUACUGCAACUGUGAUCGUGAAGAAGUGAAUGAAGUGAUUUAUCCACCUCCUUAUGAUCCAGAGAAAAUCAUCCAGUGUGUGGAGUGGAUGGACGAUGAUCUCAUUCAAGCACUCACACCAAAGUUGAUUGGCACCCGUCCCAAUACAUAUACAUUUACAAAAGCUCUUGCAGAAAGUAUGCUGCUGAGAGAAAGUGGAAACUUGCCUGUUGCAAUUGUUAGACCAUCUAUAGUGUUAUCUUCAUGUCGAGAACCUGUGGCAGGCUGGGUUGACAAUUGGAAUGGACCAACUGGUAUAAUAGCAGCUGCGGGAAAGGGAUUCUUCCGCACAAUGUUGUGUCAUGAGAAUAAAAUAGCUGACUUGGUGCCUGUUGAUAUUGUUAUCAAUCUCAUGAUUUGUGCAGCUUGGAAAACAGCCACAGUCAGGCCAGACGGUAUUGCAGUAUACAACUGUUGUUCAGGGCAGCAGAAACCCAUUACAUGGAAAGAGUUUGUAGAGCUGUGUUUUGUGUACAUGCGGAAACAUCCUCUGGCUGAUGUCGUCUGGUAUCCAGAUGGUAAAUGUCAGUCGAACUGGGUGCUCAACUCACUGUGCACACUCACCCUCCAUAUAAUUCCUGCUCAUUUACUUGACUUCUUUAGCAGGAUUGUUGGGAGAAAACCAAUCAUGGUGCGUGUGCAGAACAAGUUAGAUAAGGCUGCAAAGUGUUUGGAGUACUUCUCCGUACAGCAGUGGCGAUUUACUGAUGAGAAUGUCAGACAUCUGAAUGGACUUCUAAGCCCAGAAGACAGGAGGACAUUUCAUUUUGAUGUCCGAGAAAUCCAUUGGCCCACAUAUAUUGAAAGCUAUGUUCUUGGUAUAAGACAUUUUAUCUUUAAAGAACAUCCGAGCUCUCUACCAAAAGCAAGGAAACAUCUUCAGAAGUUGUUCUGGGUGCAUCGCUUUACGCAAUUACUUGCUGUCCUCCUGGUAUGGAGAGCAUUAAUGUUACGAUCAAAAGCAGCACGAAAUAUGUGGUUCAUCAUGCUUGACUUGAUUCUGCGCCUAGCACGCAUGAUACCAUAUGUUUGAUUGUCUUCUCCUUGUCCCUGAGUCACUGCGCAUGAACCGAUGAAGGUUGCAGCAGCAAAACAUUAGCAAGAACUUGUCAAGGUGCACAUAUUGGCAAGAAAAGGUUGUCAGACAUUUGUCAGGUAGCAACAGAUUAAUAAAUGAAACCCUGUAGAAUCAUUCAAAAGGAAGAAAUAAGUAGAAACAUUAUGUUUCCAGGAGGAAUAGGAAGUAUUGGAACAAAUAUUUGCAGAAGUAAAAACUUGCACCAUGUUAGAAGCCUUGAAAAGUGUGUGGCAAAUUUAGGACUCUUGCAGAAACUUGUUAUGAACCUUCCUUCAAACUUACCCAAAGCUUGAUUUUGGAAGUUGGUAAUAUUCUGAAAAAUAGGAAGAAAAAAUAUUACUAAAAUACAAAUAUUUUUAACCCAUAUAUGUUGUCAUGGUUCAUAAAUGGUUAUGUGAGAAAUAUACAAAAUAUUUUAAAGGUUUCAUAAUUUUAAGGCAACCAGGAAUAAUAAAACUGAUGCUUGAACAUA